CUGUAAAAUUAAUUUGUAUUGUCGCCUAGAUAACCUGUACUUGGUUCUGUUUUUUCAAUAAAUAUACCUAACAAGCAACUCACGCGACUCCGGCAACCAAAGUAACUCAUCUAGUUUCUGGAAGAUAAAGAGAGUAGGGUCUAGCUGUCUUCCACCAGUGUCCCUCCGGUUCACCCGCAGAAUGCGGCACAUCUUCCACUGAGGUGGAAUAGAAACGGUUCCAGGAAAUCGAUUACUUGUGCCACCCGCUCUUUUCCAGUUGGCAACUGAACGACGGGCUGCGACGUUGCUUGUGAGUUUGGUUUGGAAGAAGACCUACAUUGAAGAGCAACUAAAAUGUUUAGGGGAGUUUAGGUUACUUAUUGAAAGAUUCUGCGAAAAGUGCCAAGAUGUCCAAUGAGGUUGAUGCGGGGGACUAUGGGCCAAUGAAACGGCUCAGUACCAUGUUUUCAACCCUCCAGGAUAAGUUCCACAGAGACCGGAGUGAUAGGGAUUUGACCCUGCCUCAGCCUACUGCCCCAGCCCUCGCGGUGACCUCUUUCUUUGAGUACCUGGUGGUGGUCAGCUUAGGGAAGAAGAGGGGGCAAGGGACGUAUGAACCCCAGAUCACAUAUCAGUUUCCCAAGCUUGCUAAUAUGGAGCUCUCACAGAGAGAGGAAGAAGAGAAGUCCCUGAAAGCCAUCCUCCUUUUCUGUUUCCCAGAGGGGGUCAACUGGGCCCCCCUCACUGAAUACCCCAGUGAGACCUUCUCCUUUGUUCUGACGGAGGUCGACGGCAGUAGGAAGAAUGGCUACUGCAGGAGGUUACUGCCCCAUGGCAAAGGGGCGCGGGCUCCGGAGGCCUAUUGCAUCAUCAGUCGGGUGGCCUGUUUUGGACUCUUUUCUAAGAUCUUUGAUGAGGUGGAGAAGCGCCGGCAGAUCUCUAUGGCGAUGAUCUAUCCAUUCAUGCAAAGCCUGAGGGAGGCGCCGUUCCCUGCUCCUGGAAACACUGUCAAGAUCAAGAGCUUCAUUCCAGAGUCUGGAACAGAGAUCAUCAGUUUGACGAGGCCGUUGGACUCAUGGUUGGAGCAUGUGGAUUUCCGGACACUGUUCCACUGUCUCACAAAUGAGGAGGUGCUGAAGGUGUUUGCGUCCACCGUGCUUGAACGACGAAUCAUCUUCAUGGCUGAAGAACUCAGUACCCUGUCUCAGGUGCUGCAUGCAGUUGCGGCGCUGCUCUACCCGUUCACAUGGCAACACACCUUCAUCUCCAUCGUUCCCUCAGUGCUGAUUGAUGUCGUCAUGGCACCCACUCCCUACCUACUUGGUGUCCAAAGGAGCAAACUGGAUGAUGUCACCGACCAGAGCGAUAUGCUCAUUGUGGAUCUGACAGAAGGAGCAGAGAGAACCUUCAUAACCUGUAUAGGAGACGAGAGCACCAUCCUACCAGAGAAACUACAGGAGGAGCUUCUCCAGGCCUUGUGUUGCAGAAGAGACAACUCCACCUCAGAGGAGUUAAACAAGGUGGUCUCGGAGGCCUUCCUCUCCUUCUUUGUGAAGACGGUGGGUCACUUCUCCUCCCAUGUCAAAGGAAGCAGCGGUAGGCAGCCCGGGGUGUUCCAGAAGAAGAGCUUCUGCAAGGCCUCCGAGCACAAGGCCAGCCAACAUUUUGUCAAGCGUUUUAUCCAGACACAGAUGUUUGACAUCUUCAUACAGGAAGUGGAGAGACGGCCCACACAGGAAGGAUUCUUCCACAAAAAAAUUGCGGAGUACCAAGAGAGUAAGAAGAAAGAGAAAGCAAUGAGAGGACAAUUACCAAAAACACAUCACCAGGCUGUGUAAGGACUAUUUGACCAAGGAGAGUGAUGGACUGCUGCAUCAGAUGACUUGGCCUCCACAAUCACCUGACCUCAACCCAAUAGAAAUGGUUUGGGAAUAGUUGGACCUCAGAGUAAAGCAAGAGCAGCCAACAAGUGCUCAGCAUAUGUGGGAACUCCUUCAAGACUGUUCGAAAAGCAUUCCAGGUGAAGCUGGUUGAGAGAAUGCCAAGAGUGUGCAAAGCUGUCAUCAAGGCAAAGGGUGGCU